AUGAGCGCAGAAAUCUCUGCUGUGCAGACAUACAACAACGUGUUGCAUGUGUACGGCCUGCACACCUCCAAGGAGGCAGUCCUGCCGGCGUUUGAGCAGACGCUGGGCCAGCUGCGGCGAGUGGAUGUGUACCUGCAGCACAGCACGGUGCUGGACCAGUCUGGCGCGCAUGCUGUGGACUUGGUCUGCGACUCCCGCAGCAUCCUCAUCGGCUUCUCAGACGGCACCUUCCAGCUCAUGUCCUGGCAGAGCCAGCUGCGAGGCCGCAUCAGUCCUUUUACGGAGGUGCAGAUGCGCCUGCCAAAGCGCGGCAGCAGCGGGGAGCUCAGGGCCGGCAAUGAGACGGGGUCGGGCUUGCGGCGCCAAGGCGCCUCACGGCAGGGCUCGCUCAAGGCGCCCACGAUGCGAACGGCCCUGUCGGGGCUGUCAGGGCAGGCGCUGAGCGGCGGGGGUUUGGGCACGGGCUCGCGCGCGGCUUCAGUGGAGAGCGCGCUGGACCUGCCCUGCAUAGAGGCCAUGGACUACGCUAGUAGCCUGCGCCUGCUGGCUGUCGUGCUCACGGACGGGGCGUGCGCGCUGCUCAGAGCCGCCGAAAGCGGCCUGGCGCCCGCUGAGCAGCUGCAGCUGCUGCACUGGGUCUGCAGCGCCGGCAGCGGCGCCCUUUGUGUGCGCAUAGGCACGGUGGCACAGCUGCUGGCGGUGGGCCUCAACAGCGGCGAGGUGGCGCUGUACAAGCUGUGGGCGCCCAAGGGAGGCGAGCCGCUGCGCAUCAUCUCCCUGGCCGACUGGGGCUACGAGCCGGAAGUGACCGGCUCGGUGGCGGACAUGCAGUGGUCGCCCGACAACAGGGCCUUGGCGGUGGGCUGGAGGCGCAGUGGGCUGGGCCUAUGGACGCCGUCGGGUUGCAGGCUGCUAUGCUCGGUGCGGCAGGCCAGGACAGGCCCCAUGCACAGCAUGUCCAGCAGCUUCAAGUCGCCCCCACCCCUCUCGUUCGAGAAUGGGGUGUCGGCGAUGGCGUGGGGGGCGUUUGGGUACCGGCUGGUGCUGGCGGAGGCGGGAAUGGCUGCGCAGGUGCUGGAGCUGUCGCUGGCCAAGAGCCUGACCGGCUCCCACCGCAUCGUGCACCACCCGCUGCCCGGGCCCUCCCAGGCGCCUGGGCCCCAGCCAGAAGUCCACCUCCUGCAGGCGGACGACCGGCUGCUGGUGAUAACGGAGGGCAGCGAGGUGUCUGGCGGCGCGGGGCUGGCGGCCGGGAUGCGGCAGGGCGGUGCGGCCGGGAACGCGUCUGCAGCCCCGCACGCGGCCGAUCUGGGCGUGGUGCACCUGCAGCCGCCGGCGCCGUACGUGGCCGCCAACUGGCCGCUCUCGCACGCCGCGCUCAGCGCCGACGGCAUGGACAUUGCGGUGGCCGGCCGCAACGGCCUCGCGCUCUACUCCCGCCGCUCCGCGCGCUGGCGCCUCUUCGGCGACGUCAGCCAGGAGCGCGAGAUCACCGUGCACCAUCUGAUGUGGCUGCCGCGGGUGGUGCUGGCCUGCGUCAGCACGCCUGCCACCGCCAACCAUGCUGCCAGUAGCGCAGACCUGCUGCUGUACCCACGCUACCACCUGGACAAUGCCUCCCUGCUCGGCCGCUUCCCCCUGCAGCAGGUGCCUCUUGCCAUGGACGCAAGCGGGAGCCACGUGGUAGCGGCGUAUGCCCCACUUGACAUCAAAGUGUGGCGCAUUGACCUGGCCGGAACCGUCCUGCCUUCGGGCAAGCCCUCCGCUAAGAUCACCAUCGUCCGCGAGCUCUCCAUCAUGUCUGUGGGCCAGCCGCUCAGGGAUAUCGCUCUGGUGGAACGCACAGCGGCCACCUUCAAUUCGCCGUACAAGCAGGGCCGGGUGGUUUUGGAGGACCGGGAGCCCCAGCAGUGCGUUUUGCUGCGCGCCGGCGGCCACAUGUCUGUCUUAGACAUGGAGCAAGGCUCUGAGCUGACGCUGGCCAAUGAUGUGGAGUGCUUCUGGCUCUCUGGCCGUGCAGUCACUGCAUCACCGGCGCCCCCUGGGGUCAGCCGCCUGGAGUCCCAGGACUCUGAGGCUAUGAGCCUCCACUCUGCUGAACCCCGCGCUCUCCUCCCUUUCACAGGAGGCCAGAAUGGGCUAGAGUCAGAGGGAGCCAGAGCGGCAGAGCGCGGCAUGCACUCCCGUGACAGGUCGCAGAGCAACAUGAGCGAGAUGUACGAUGAUGCGGCCAGCGCGGCAGGGUCCAUGCAGGGCAUGAUUCCGCAGCAACCUGCGGCAGCCAACGGGAACGGGCUUGGAUUUUUGAGUGCCGAAACGUCUGGUCGUGGUACAGAUGACGGCGAGGACGUGGAGAUUCCCUGGUGGACAUAUGGGGCGCGAGGCAUGCAGCUCUGGUUCCCCAAGAGCCUGGCCGAGCCCGUGUCGCAUGCGGCCGCAGCAGAGGCCGCGCACUACAUGACCGACCCAGAGCUGGAGUUCGACAAAGAAGUGUACCCCAUCAGCAUCUCCCUUGCCGAAGUCUCCAUCAUAGGUGUCACGCAGCGGGUGGUGCGCAGUGCAGCGCUGGCCACGUCCACUCCGUCGGCGGCGCAGGGCGGGUCUGCCGGCAGGCCUGCCGCCAGCGGGCUGGCCUCGUACGCGCACGCAAUGCUGCCCCUGUUCCAGCCCCUGCCAGAAAGCCAGCCCGUUCUCCCCUGCCUCCUGCGCCGCCUCCUGCAGCAGGAGCGGGUGGCCGAGGCGGUGUCGCUGGCGGCGCGUCACAGCCGGGCGCCGCACUUUGCGCGGUCCUUGGAGUGGCUGCUGUUCACCUCGCUGGAGUUCAACGCGGACCUGGUGCCCUCGCCCUCCAAGGGGCCCCCCGCCGGUUCCCACGGAUGGUCCCCCCAGCAGGCCAGCCCCGAGCGCCGCCGCCGGGGGGACUCUGCAGGACCCCUCCUGCUCGCCGCCGCCUCCCUCAUUCGCCGCUUCCCGCAGUUCCGGGACAUAGUGGUGAGCGUGGCGCGCAAGACGGACGCGGCGAUGUGGCCGGCGCUGUUCCAGGCUGUGGGCGCACCCAGCGAGCUGCUGGACGACUUGAUCGAUGCCGGCGCACUCGCCUCCGCCGCCUGCUGCCUCCUCAUCGUCGACCGCAUCGAGGGCUCCUCCAUCGCCCACUCCUCAGCCCUGCGCCUCAUACGACUGGCGCUGGCGGAGGCGCAGUAUGACCUGGCGGCCGAGCUGCUCCGCUUUGUGGUGCCACCCACCGAAGGCGACGACGCCUUCUCUGCUCUGCCAGCCGUCAGCGGCGGUGCGCACGUCGGCCAGCCCCGGGAAACGGCUCCGGGUGGUGGAGUCGCACCUCAGCGGAAUGCGGGCUGGUUGAGGUCUUGGUUCAGCGGGAGCGCUCCGCAGCCGGAAGCCAGCACCUCAUAUGCCUCUGGGGUAGCAGAGGGAGAGGGGCCGCAGGUGAGCGCUGGGACGGCAGCGUGGCGGGUGCUGGGGGCGGAGGCCUGGCGCCUGCUGGACAGCGGCCGCCUUCGCAACGCCGCGCGCCUCAGCGCUGCCCUCUCCGCCGUCGGCGGCAGCAUGCCCGCCCUACUGCUCUCCUGCCGGCCGCCUGAUCGGCCCUUGCCCACCCCCCUCUCCAUCGCCCGCGCACUGGAGAUGGUGGAAGAGGAGCUCCCGGUGGUGCCGGACCUGUCGCUCGCAAACAACGCCCAGAUCCUGCUGGACGCAUGCCACGGGGCGGGCCUGCUUGACUGGUCCAUCGCUCUGGCGCUGGCCCUCGAGAACAGCCUGCUGCUGACAGAACUCCAGUCGGCGAACCCAGACCUGUGGCAGGACUUCUCCAAAGUGGCGCUCGCCUCGGAAACGCUCAGGCUUUACUGGAGCAUUGUUGGGGAGCAGCUCCCGGCAGAGCCAGGAGUGCAGAAUGGCCCCUCAAAUGAUGGGAGUGAUAAGGGCUAG